AUGGAGAUUCAAGCAAGACUGAAGGAAUACAAACUCCAUUUCAUGGUCGCAAUCAUCAUGAGCGUGCUUGUGUCGGCCCUCGUGUAUGCAGCACCAAGAAUUCUCGACAUAUUAGCUUAUUUCUGGCCUCUGUUUGCGUCAACGGCCGCCUUCUUGGCGGUGGCAAUCACCUUCGGCGGCUUUCAACAGUUUUCAGAAGAAGCUACUGGCGAGGGAAUCAUGGAAUACGUCGCCGGACGGCCUGAUGAUUCUCACAAGUACGAUUGAAAGAUUUGUAUCCCAAAGUCUCCAUCUCUUUUAUGAGCUUUACAGAUGUACAUGAUUUGGUUCACUUAUGUCAAAUAAAAUGUCACUACCAUGUAACAAUAUCAAGUUGAUAAAAAGACUAUUUGCAUAAGCA